AUGUCCUCUAUUACCGUCCAUCACAGCCAGACGACUGUUAGCGACGGUCACUACACCUUAAAAUUGCCUUCCAUCAAGAAAGGUACCACAGAAGAGGAUGCUAAAUCAUCACCUGAUGUCUGGCUUAAGGCAAGAAACAACUCAGGUAAGGAUGAGAGGAAACCCAAGAACCCAUUUCUGCCUCCCACGGAUGUUGAAAUCUUUAAAAAGAGAGAGGAAGAUGCACUCAUUACUCAGCAAGAAAAGGCAUUCCUUAGAAGCCUCCCCACACCCAUGAAGACCACCUAUCUGUCUCGCCUUCGGUGUCACUCCUCUCCUGUAAGGAGCGCAGUGGAGGACUCUGUUCUUGAAACAGAAAAAUCUAGAAGGAACAGGACAAUGCGGGCUGUUGUUGACAAUAAAGGUCAACAUCAGAAAGAAAAGAGCAUUAGAGAUUAUCUGAUAAAGAAGAGAGAGGCUUUCUUGCUUCAGUAUUCUCUGUCAGUGAAGAGGGAAACUAUUCACAAGCUUAAAAAAGAGAUGGAUACAGAGCAAUACAGGAUUAAUCUUUAUGAAAAGCAGCUGCAAGAGGAUGAAGUAGCCUUUGAACAGUUUAUUAAUGAGAUUGAUCAGAACUCAGCAGAGGCUGUCAAUCUAGCUGAAAAGGAAACCAUGCUGAAAAUGGAAAAAACAGCAGAGAUAAAAAAAGUAACAGCACAAAUGAGGAAAAUAAAAAGUGAAAUUUCAAAGUACCAAGAGACACUGACGAAGUACCAAACAUGCAAGAACUUUCUGAUGGAUGUAGCCCCUCCACAGUGGCGUGAGGAGCAAAGUCAGAAAAGAGAACAGAAACGAGAAGCCAAGAGGAAAGAAAGGAUGAAGGAAAUGGAGCUUAACCCCACUUUUCUUUCUCCCAAUAUUGAAGGUACUGGACAAUGUGAUCUGAGAAUAGGAAAAGCUAUACAAGCAAGGAGGCUUAGCACACGCAGUAGAAAGCAAAGUGUCAUCCAAGAGAGACGCAGUUCUACUGUUUCAGUGGAAAAUGAGGACUUUGAGUCGUCUGACAGUGAUGAGGAGCCAGCAUUGUGCUUCUCUGACCCUAAGGAAAUGCUGAGCAUUCUGACAGAGCUGGAGGAACAGAACCUCUCCUAUAUCCAGAAUUUCCAGGAGACAGAGGAAGCCAUGGAUGUGAUUCGGAAAACUGCCCAGCACUCACAGGAUAAAAUGAACCAUGAGAUCCAACAUCUGAUCCAACAGAUCGAGAUCAUGCAGGCCACCAUCCAGAGAGAGCAGGAGAAUGUUUUAGAGUUACAACUGAAGUCAAAGAUCUUCUCAUAUGGAGAAUACAGUGCAGACAAACAGGAUAACAUGCUUAAACUGCUGAACAAGAAAGUAAAGGAAGUAUACAUGGCUUGUCUUGGAGAACUGGACUGCAACAUCAGUACUCUGCACAUGCUGGCUUGUAUUGAGAACAAGGUUGUGGAUGUUCUGGAGCAUCUAGAGACGAUGCCUCCUGAAACAGUGGAUUUUGUUCGAUCAUUGAGAGACAAAGAGAAAAGAACAAAAAUACGAGAAGAAAAGGCACGGCUAAAGAAACAGCAUCAGGAGGAAAGGCUCAAACUGGCCAUGGAACGGGCCACUUCAGACAGCAAAAAAAGGAUGGGAAGGAAACUCAUCCCACGCUCAGAACCACUUGAAAGCAAGAAGAAAAAUAAAUUCUAUGUGAUGUCCACGAAGGAGCAAAAGGACCACCUCCAUUUCUUUACUUGAGAUCUAGCAGCUUU